CGGCUGCGGGUCCGGCUUCCAUGCCAUGUGGCCGUGAGGGGUCUGGACCCCCUGUCCUACCCCGACGGUGACCGCGUGCUGGUAGCUGCGCACGACGCAGAGGGCGGGCUGCGGGGCCUGGACGGCCUGCAGGUGACAUACGACGCGGCGUCGCGAGAGACAGCCGUCGAGGCCGACAGCCUGGACCUCCACGCCUCGGUGGAGGUGGACGCGCCCCUGAAGUUUGAUUUGAAUAUCAAGUCAUCAGGGUCUAGCUGUGUUAAAGUCCAAAAUAUGGAGUGUGAUGAUUGCAAAAUUGAAAUUGAGCAGGGCAUCAGUAUCUUACAAUCUAUUAAGAGCCAAAAAUUACAUGUUCAAACCAAAGGAGGCAAAGUGAUCUGUAUGGGAACAGUUUAUGGAAAUAUAGAUAUUCACACAUCAGAUAAAAGCUCUGUAACUAUAGACAAACUGCAGGGAAGUUGUGUUAAUAUAUCUACCGAAGAUGGUUUUCUGAAAGCCAAGUAUCUGUAUACAGAAUCAUCAUUUCUGUCUUCUGCUGCUGGCGAUAUUACAUUAGGAAGUGUUCAUGGUGAUAUAAUAUUACAAAGUAAGACGGGUAACAUCACAGUAGAUUCGUCUGCAGGAUGUCUAAAAGCCUCUACUCAUCAGGGUGCCAUAGAUGUUUAUGUCAACCAGCUGGGGAAAGUGGAGUUGAAAUCUCACAAAGGCUCUGUAACAGUCAAAGUGCCAUCUUCUCUUCAAGCAUACUUACAGUUAUCAGGGAAGGAGGUUGAUGUGAGCCCGGAAGUCCACAUUCAGGAAUUGGCUAAAGUGUGUGAACGUGUGGGAGUAACACUUACUGGAUUCAUGAGUCAAACAAGGGACCAGGAAAACUGGAUUCGUGCUGCUGCCCCAGAAGGAACUGUAAGUUUUAGAAGCCAGUCCUGGUUCCAGUCCCUGAAACAGCAGAACUACGAAGAGUGACACUGGUGCAGGCCGUACACCACUGGAUAUACUGGACCCAGGGGUGCUUUGCAUGCUUCCUAAGGCAGCACAAGGUUAUACUUUGAAACUCAUAAAUUACUUAUUUCUGUGUGAAAGAUCGGCUGAAGGUAAUUGAUACCAUGAAAGGCAAAACCUUAGCUGAGGGAGGGCACCUGUAUCACAGAUUUAGUGGUGCAAACCAAUACUGAAGCAGCAGCUCACCCUUGGGCAGGUUAAGGGCCUCAGGACUGGAUUCUGUGCUCCAAGUAUCACAAGGUGGAGUUCUCACUUGGAGGCUCUCAGGAGAAAUCUGCUUCCAACUUCAUUCAGAUUCAUAGGCAAAAUCCAGUUCUAUAAAACCAUGUGAGGGAAAUACCCAUGGCUCUCAAUCAUGCUGAGCUUCUAGAGACCGCCCGAAUCCCUUCCCGCGUGCUCCCUCUGUCCUCAAGCCAGCCGUGGUAGCUGAGUCCUUCUCCUGUUGGAGUAUCUGACUUCUUCAAGAGCCGGCGAGAUCUCUGGGGUUACAGUGCUCACUUGAUCAGGCCAGACCCAUCCCUUCGCUGUGUGUAAGGUGAUCUUCACAGCUGCUGCUCCCCAGGGAAGCCAGAGAGCUCGCAGUUCGUGUAGCCCUCAUGUGACAGACUGUCUAUCUGCUACCUCUCAUAGCAUCAAUGUAAUUGUAAGUUGUGAAUAAAACACUUAAAAAUACGAAGCAUUUGCUACUGAUUGUUAAUAUCUUCUGUGUAAUUUAAGAUGUACCUUGUUAGGGGCAAGAAACUUGCAGUUGUUUAAUUCCCACAUGUAUGAAGAUAGAUUUUCACUUCUAUAAUGGUGUGCUGUUAAAAGUUAUAUUUCAAACUUUUUCUCCUCCUGGAACAUUUUAAUUAUGUAAUACCGAACAGACCUAUUUACUGAAUUAUAUAUUUUUGAUUAGGAUGUCAUUUCUUAAACACUAAUUUUUAAUAAACUUCCAAAGACUGGAAAUAGUCUCCUUUUGUUCAUAGUCCAUUUCUUUA